AUGAGCCAACUGCGGGCUAAAACGCCGAGCAGCGAUGCUGAGCGCGAGGAGGAAAUCCAAUACGGCUCGGACGAAGCCCGACUUGAGCUGGACGAAAAAUAUCCCAACAGACCGCACAAUUUUGCCAAGACUCUUCUCUUCUCAGACCUCUACAGAGACCUCUUCAAUCCGCUCAAUGAGAACAAGCGCCAACCUACAGGUGGCGUCGCCCGGAAAAAGGGUCCUCGCGGACAAACGCAGCUCUCGCCGCAGGAGCAGCGGCGCCAUAUUAUUGACCGGUUCAUAGUGCGCUGGCGCAAGGAAGUCGGUCCGGACUUUUAUCCCGCACUGCGCUUGAUCCUUCCCGACAAGGAUCGCGACCGCGGCGUCUACGGCCUGAAGGAGAAUGCUAUAGGAAAGCUUCUCGUCAAGCUGAUGAAGAUUGACAAAAAUUCCGAGGACGGCUACAACUUGCUGCACUGGAAGUUACCGGGUCAGACCAUGGCUGCCCGGCUGGCUGGCGAUUUCGCGGGGCGCUGCUUCGAGGCCAUCUCCAAGCGCCCGAUGCGCACCGAGCCCGGCGACAUGACCAUUGCCGAGGUGAAUGAGCAGCUGGACAGGCUGGCCGCUUCUGCAGGGGAGAGCGAGAAUCUGCACGUCUUUGAGACCUUCUACAAUCGCAUGAAUGCCGAAGAGAUGCUGUGGCUGAUCCGUAUCGUCCUUCGACAGAUGAAGGUUGGCGCGACGGAAAAGACGCUCCUGUAUUUGUGGCACCCGGAUGGCGAGACACUGUUCAGUGUAUCUUCGAGCCUGCGUCGCGUAUGCUGGGAGCUGUACGAUCCUGCGAUGCGGCUCGAGUCGGAGGGAGCGGGCAUCACGUUGAUGCAGUGCUUUCAGCCGCAGCUGGCGCAGUUCCAGACGCCGGCCUCCUUCAAGAAGAUGAUUGAGCUGCUGCGACCGACAGCCGACGACCCCGAGUUCUGGAUUGAGGAGAAGCUGGACGGUGAGCGCAUGCAGAUGCACAUGAUAGAGGACCCGGCGACCCCUGGCGGAAAACGCUUCUGCUUUUGGUCGCGCAAGGCCAAGGAGUACACCUACCUCUACGGCCACGGCUUCCAAGACGCCAAUUCCAGUCUAACGCGCCACCUCAAAGAGGCGUUUGCGUCGGGCGUACGCAACAUCAUUCUCGACGGCGAGAUGAUCACCUGGGACAUGGAGGUCGACAAGAUGGUCCCGUUCGGCACGCUCAAGACGGCCGCGCUCGCCGAGCAGCAGAAUCGCUCGGGAUCGGACUCGUCUGGUCACCGGCCGCUAUUUCGUGUCUUCGAUAUCCUAUACCUAAACGACAAGCAGCUGACGCAGUACACUCUGCGUGACCGACACAACGCCCUGGAAAAAGCCGUAAAGCCUGUGCACCGGCGCCUCGAAAUUCACGGGUACACGCGCGCGACGUCGGCGGACGCCAUCGAGCCGCUGCUGCGAGACGUGGUGGCCAACGCCUCCGAGGGUCUGGUGCUCAAGAACCCGCGCUCCAUGUACCGUCUCAACAGCCGCAACGACGACUGGCUCAAGGUCAAGCCCGAGUACAUGUCCGAGUUUGGCGAGUCUCUCGACUGCGUCAUCAUCGGCGGCUACUACGGAUCCGGGCGACGCGGCGGCACGCUGUCGAGUUUCCUGUGCGGCCUGCGGGCGUCGCCCAGCCACAUAGCAGCCGGUGCGGACCCCGAGAAGUGCUUCAGCUUCUUCAAGGUCGGCGGCGGCUUCCGAGCCGAGGACUACGCCGAGCUCCGGCACCGCACCGAGGGCAAAUGGCAAGACUGGGACGCGCGCAACCCGCCGUCGCGGUACGUCGAGCUCGGCGGCGGCGAGGCCAAGCAGUUAGAGCGGCCCGACGUGUGGAUCCGGCCGAAGGACUCGGUCGUCGUGUCCGUCAAGGCGGCGAGCGUCGGGCCCUCGGACUCGUUCGCGCGCGGGUACACGCUGCGCUUCCCGCGCUUCCGACGCCUGCGGCUGGACCGCGCGUGGGACAGCGCGCUGUCAGUCGACGAGUUCCAGAGCCUGAAGCAGCACGCGGACGAGGAGUCGAAGCAGAAAGCGAUGACGGUGGAGGACCGCAAGCGCCGCAACCCGAAGCGCGUGAAGCGCGAGCUCGUCAUCGUCGGGGCCAACGGCAAGGGCUCGCAGCCGCAGCCGCAGCCGGCCCAGGCGACGAAGCUCUUCUCGGCGCUCGAGUUUUGCGUGCUGUCUGAGUCGCUCAAGCCGUUCAAGCACACGAAAGCGGAGCUCGAGGCCCUCAUCAAGGAGAACGGCGGCACCGUGUCGCAGCGCGCCGCUCCCGGCACGUCCAUGGUGCUUAUCGCGGACAAGAAGGUCGUCAAGGUUGCCAGCCUCAUCAAGCAGGGCGACGUCAACAUCAUCCGGCCCCGGUGGAUCCAGGACUGCCUGACGCAGCUCCGGGCCGACGCGGACAUUGGUGGUGAGGCCUUUUUGCUGCCGUACGAAGAGGCGCAUCUGUUCCACGCGACGGGCGCGCUGAAGAGCGCGGCGGCGCAGAACACAGAUUGCUACGGCGACAGCUACGCGCGGGACUUGCCGCUGGAGGAGCUGCGGGCGCUGAUGCGCGACAUGCCCAAGCUCGAGAGCGGGGAGGAGGCGUUCGAUAAGGGCAGGUUCCUGGCGGAGCUGGAGGAGAGGGGGCGGGACAUGUCGGCGCGGCUGCGGAGCAUGAUGUUCCAGCGGUGCGUGGUGUGUGUUCACCGCAUGGGGGAGGGCGCGGGCGCGGGCGAGGCGGAGAGGCUGGCGCGGUAUGUGCGGUACGGAGGCGGUGUCUGCGUGGACGGGCUGGAGAGCGAGGGGCUUACCCAUGUCGUGGUGAUUGGGGAUGAUCAAGACGCCGCGGCUGCAUUGCGACGAGAGCUGAGUACGAGAGCGAAGCUGCCGCGCCUAGUUCGUGGUAGCUGGGUCGAGACGUGCUGGAAGGAGAGGUCUCUCGUUGAUGAAGAACAGUACGGCGUAUAA